UGGUGCUUAGACCAUUUCAUAAACAAAUUGAGCGGAAUUCGAAUAAUUAUGUGGGGAUAAUCCAUUCAUAUAAUACAACAGAGUGAACUACUUGCGAUAAGAUAAGGAAUGUCGACAAACAAGUUACCUAAUUUAAAUUGAUGUAUCGAUGUAUUGAAGCACAUGGUAAGAUUUCUGCAGGUCAUCAACACUUAAUUAGGAGCGGAAUUUUGGAAAUAACGAGACACCAUGAGUUGGGGAAUAUUUCGGAGUAAUUCAAAGCUGCGUAAUUUGUUUUGUUUACUCGACACUAAUACAAGAUCGUGUAAUAUAAGAAAUUUAUCUCAAUUCUACCCCAUUGAUGAUAAUCUCUAUGGGUUGACUGACGAGCAGCGACAGCUCCGAUCCGUGUGCUUCGAUUUCCUCCAGAAAGAAUUGGCGCCGAGAGCCGCUGCGAUCGAUAAGCAGAAUCGAUUCGAUGGCCAGAGGGAAUUCUGGAAGAAAUUGGGAAAGAUCGGUUUAUUGGGAAUCACUGCAAAAUCUGCAUAUGGGGGAGCAGGUGGAUCUUAUCUAGAUCAUGUGAUAGUCAUGGAGGAGGUGAGUCGUGCCUCUGCAUCCGUAGGCCUGAGCUACGGCGCCCACUCGAAUUUAUGUCUCAAUCAGAUUCAUAGGAAUGGAACAGAAGAGCAGAAGCUCAAAUAUCUGCCAAAGUUAUGCAGUGGAGAAUUCAUCGGGGCAUUGGCAAUGUCCGAGCCAGGCUCAGGGUCAGACGUUGUAUCGAUGAAAUUACGGGCAGAGAAAGAGGGUGACCACUACGUUCUCAAUGGCACCAAAUUCUGGAUUACAAAUGGCCCUGACGCCGAUGUUCUGGUCGUUUAUGCUCGAACAAAUCCCCAGAGUCCCAAGCCCCAGCAUGGAAUCACGGCAUUUAUCGUUGAGAGAGGAAUGAAAGGGUUCACCAGUGGAUUAGCCCUCGACAAACUCGGCAUGCGUGGCAGCAGCACCAGUGAAUUAAUAUUCGAUAAUUGCAAAGUGCCAGUGGAGAACAUGCUGGGCCAAUUGGAUAAAGGAGUGUACGUUCUGUUCAGCGGAUUGGACCUCGAGAGACUGAUCCUCGCCGGUGGACCCCUGGGAAUUCUACAAGCCUGCUGUGACUUGGCCUUCGAGUAUGCUCACACCAGGAAGCAAUUCAACACUAGACUCGCUGAGUUCCAACUGAUUCAAGGUAAAAUAGCGGAUAUGUACACGAGACUGAGUGCCAGCAGGAGUUAUCUCUACGGAAUUGCCAGAGCUUGUGAUGCUGGACACGCUAACAGAAAGGAUUGCGCCGCGGUAAUUCUAUAUUGCGCGGAAAAUGCUACGAGAGCAGCUCUGGACACUAUUCAGAUCUUGGGAGGAAAUGGGUACAUCAAUGAUUAUUCGAGCGGUCGUCUCCUGAGGGACGCCAAACUCUACGAGAUUGGAGCUGGUACCAGUGAAAUUCGGAGAAUGGUCAUCGCCAAGUCCAUAACUGAAGAAUACUCAUAAUAAAAUAAUGGAGUGCGAGUGCUUUCUUAAAUCCUCACUCUGCGUGGCAUGCAGGUGAAUAUCAUUAGUGGCUCAACAGAAUAAUUAAUAUGUCGACGAAUACUGUUGAAUUCUCAAUCGAAAUAAAUGAGUCACUAG